AUGAAUCAGUCCGAGGAUUUGACCCUUCCGGAUUGGCAAUGCGAGAAAUGCAAUUUGUAUUCACCACAUACAUCUGCCGCAUUGUAUCUGUGGUGCGCAAAUUGUGAAAAAAUCAUUUGCGCAUUUUGCAUUGGUCAAUGUAGUAAUGAAACUCAUUCAUGGAUGCCAGCAAGCGAAAUUAUCUAUGAACUCAAAGAAAAUAUCGUUUAUACAAAUGCGGAAAUGUCCAAAUCUGUGGGAAAUAUGAAAAUUACUGGCAAAGAUGCGAUACGAUCACUUCAUGGACUUAUGCAAACUCUAACAGAAUUGAAGAAACAAUGUGAGGGCGUAAGUGAAGUGAUCAAAGUGUUAUCGGAAACGUUAAAUGAACGGCAAAAUGCUGCUGACGUACGUCGUAAGGAAACGAAUGAGCAUCGACCGUUUACGUCGAUUCUAAUACAAAAAUUACGAGUGGAAAUUAAGGAUAACAAAUGUUUAGCUGAAGAAGCAACUGCCAUUGCACUAUUAUUCGGCAAUCUCAUCAAACAAUCGGAUAAUAUUUGCAAGGAUGCGCGCAAUCUGAUGAAUUCAUUUUCGUUGGAAAAGAAAGUUGAAAUUGAAGCAAAGGCGAAUGAUAACAUAGAACUUGAAGACGAUGCUAUUAGUCAAAAGUCAAAUGUAAAUGCAUUUGGUGACAAUUUGCUCGACAACGACGAGUACGACGUUACAGUCCGUGAAGUUAAACGUGAAGAUGACAGCACAGAGGAUUCCGGAAAAACGGGUAUACUGGAUGAGACGGCCACAGUACCACUGACGGACACUACCGUAAAGAAGAAAAUUGAAACUGAGCAAAUGUGA